UCGAGGGUUAUAAUUGUACAUCUGGUAGGCCAGGGCUGUGGUCCGCGUAUCCUUUUGAUAAAGAAAACGAUCGCUGACGUCACGCGAGCCGCAGUAUUGAGUCAGCAGGAAAUCAGAUUCUCGGAGAAGACAAGAGACGCCGCGAUUGAAUUUUUAUGUAGGCAGGGAAAGUACAUCUCGGCCGGGUCUGGGCGAAAGUUUGCGAGUCGAGGGUUAUAAUUCUACAUCUGGUGGAUCAGAGCUGUGGCCCAUCUAGCCUCUUGAUAAAGAGAAUAGGAGAGAAAGUACAAUGUACGGGGAACCUGAAGAAGAAGCACCUUGAGAGCUCGAAUCUGACCCACCUCGACGCCAUGGUGGCUCGACUGUCCUGCGCCAAGGAUCCCGUCAACGUAAUGAGGCCCUUCAAGUGUCAGAAGUCGCGUCUGGAGGUUGACAUAGUCUGCAACGGCGGCGCCUCCUGGGUGAAGGUUAUAGCGAGGAACGCCAGAGCGUUGACUCUUAUAUCCCUCGGCAACGGGGAGUACGGGCAGAAAUCCAUUCUGGACCAAGCCGACUCGUACCUUGAAUGUAGCAAGUGCCAUCUGCAUCACUACAGGCCGCCGGAUGUGAUCUUUCACUUUGCCUACGGCAUCGAGGCCCCACUGGCCUUGCAACUGGAGCAAAUGGGCAUCGUGGUGGAAGGAGAUAGGAUAGACACGAGUGACGAGAACUUAAACAAACAAGGUGAGCUGGGUUUCUCCAAAGGAUCUACGAGCGAGAAGGAGUUGGACGUGGACCUGCAGUCGUUAAAUACAUCUGUACUGUCAGCCGAAAUAAAACUUCUGAAUCUGGAUGUAUCGGCGCUACUGGCUUACGUCACAAACAUGGCCAAUGGAUAUAACAAUUAUGUGUAUCGGGAGCCGUUACUCACGCAACAAGCAGAAAUGGAAAGAAAACGUCCCAUAAAACCAAUUCUAGAAAACUUAUUUCGAGACAAAGAGCUCAUGGUCUGCCGGACGGCGUAUGAUAAUUUCACGAAUAUCAUCGACGUCAUUGGUGGCCCGAGAGAGACGCAGCGUGCGCAAGAGUUGUUGAAGAAAAUGCGAAUCGUCGACGACGUGACCACCGGACGAAUUAUGGAGCUGCGCCUGGGCGGUAAAAUCAAAGAUCGAUCACGACUGAUUUUCGCAACGGGCGAAAGUAUGAAAAGCAUCACUGUCUCUGCCAACGAGGGAUUUGUAAGAGCAGCGCGCAUGCAAGACAUUGAGUGCACAGUUUUCUUACAUGAACCAAGAUCACUGUCAGAAAUUAAGGAAGGUAACGCAACAAGUAUAGAGCAAUCUUGAUAUUGUUCUGAAUUCUUAGGCAAUUACAAUGAAAGUAUGUACUGGUACUAGGCAUUUCUAUUGUUAAUUUGUUAUAUUGAUUUACGUAUAUUAUAUAUAAACGAACGUUUAUGUAUUAUC